AUGAUGUAUNAAUGGAAUGGUGAAUCUACUUUAAGCCUUUUGAGAAGUAAUUUAUAAUUAAUUUUAAGAUCUAAUUUUAAAUUUAGAAAGAGAUCAUAUUAGCCAGAUUUAAAAAGGAAUGGAAUCAUUCAAAUAAGAAAAUUUAGAUUCUGAUGUUCUGUUAGAAGAACAUAAUUCAUAUUCGUCAAGAAGUAAAUUAUAAAUAUAAUACGAGAUAUUUUUGAAUGUUAACUAAAAAGUUAUAUAGGCCAUAUAUCUUACGGAUCAGAAUAAUAAGAAAAUUAGGCUGAUGAACUUUUGAUUUCUGAGUCUGCUUUAAAUUAAUAAAGUACCUUAAUCAAAUUAUCAGAAUAGAUUCUAUUCAAUUUUCGAUUAGAUAUUAAUAAAAUCAAGAUCUCUAAAAUAAAGGAUUCACUUUAGUCUUUAUUUUCCCUCAGGAGUAGAGGACAUUUUUUAUUAUAUUGAAUCCACAAAUUUCUGUGAGAUUAGUGGCUUUGGAAUUUCAAAAAGUUUUAAAGUCUUCACAAGGAAUAAUAAUGUGUCUUAAUGACCUGAUUUUAGUCAUGGACAGAACUUUUGGAGAAUAAAAUGUAUAAAAUGGUCAAAUUCUCAUGUGUUAUCUAAAAUAGUAAGUAAAUGAUUGA